CUCUUAACUAACAUCAACCCACUUCGAUUAGGAUCGCAUAAGCAGACCACUAUCGAUCUAUCAAGACACCAACUAUCCGACUGGCAUGCUAUUCCUCUUUUAACGUCUCAUCAUUUGCUCCUGAAAAUGUCUCCUGGACCUGCUCCCCAGCCGGCAGCCAGCGUCGAACUUUCAAAGAAACUCUCUGGACUGCGAACGGAGCGCAAGAACCGUCGUGUCGGAGGACAGGAACCAGCGCCAGUGACGCCCCCUUUGCCUGACCCGAUCGACUUAUCAUUGCACAGCUUCAGUACUCCUACGCGUCGCAUUCUUUCUCCCAAAGACCAUGAGAUAUUCCUUUCUUCUCCAACUUACAAGCUAGUUCUAGCGUUUAUCUUCGGACUUUCAGACACGGUACGCGGGCGUGCUGUGACGGACAUCAAGGACAAGGAUCCAUCAUCUGGAAUCAAGCAAAUUUUGUCAAUCGUGCAUAAUAUCAAAUCACUCCUCGACAAGAACCCUUCGAUCGACCAAGGCGGGUCGAGAUUCGGUAACCCGGCGUUCCGUUCGUUGUUCGAUGAUGUAGUUGCCCAAAGUCCGGCAUGGCAUCGAGAUAUACUUGGCAUCAAAGACAGUGCUGCGGUGGAUGAGAUAUCGACUUAUCUGAUCCAUUCUCUAGGGUCGCGGGACCGAAUUGAUUAUGGCUCAGGCCAUGAGUUGAAUUUUAUGAUGUGGCUCCUCUGUCUGUAUCAGAUAAGGGUGAUCACUCGGGAAGACUUCCAGAUGCUCGUUUUCCGUGUAUAUGUGGACUACAUGCAUCUCAUGCGCGAAGUUCAGUCAACAUACUAUCUUGAACCUGCUGGUUCCCACGGUGUUUGGGGUUUGGAUGACUACCACUUCUUGCCGUUCCUCUUCGGAGCUGCUCAGCUUGUGGACCACCCUUACAUCACGCCACUUGCAAUCCAUAACCAAGCCAUCCUAGACGAGGAAGGCGAUAAGUACAUCUACCUUAACCAGGUGCGAUGGGUGGACAGUGUCAAGACUGUCAAGGGUCUGCGAUGGCAUAGCCCCAUGUUGGAUGAUAUCUCAGGUGCCAAGAACUGGCUUAAGAUCGAGAGUGGAAUGAAGAAGAUGUUCGUCAAGGAAGUUCUUGGAAAGCUGCCUAUCAUGCAGCAUUUCCUUUUUGGCAGCCUUAUCCCGGCCGCACCAGGAAUGGGAGAACGAGCAGAAGGCGAGGAGGUGGACCAGUCAACUAUUGAUGAGCACGGACAUUCACAUGCAGGUCAUGAUCAUAGUGAUUGGUUUGGUGACUGCUGUGGUAUUAAGGUCCCAAGUACUAUCGCUGCAGGCGCCGAGAUGCGGAAACGCAUGGGUGGCUCUGGACUGCGACCGAUCCCUUUCGAUUAGAUUGGAUUACUUCCACUUCGAAACUCCCUUCUAUCUGAGGCAUAAGCAAUGACUUGCGUGGGCGGCGUCCGGUCUUUACAGUGCAGUGUUAGUAAACUUCAAAUUAUAGAUGUUUUGAUCAAGCAAUAUCAAUCCUUAUGUUGCUCGAUUCGCCAUAACCCUUUAGACAUCUGCCAGUAACCCACUAUAUCAUAUAUAUACAUAGGCGAUCCCUUAAAAAUGCACGCUUUAACAUCUGUUCUGCUGCUG